AGCGAAAGACCUACACCGAUCACAUUUUUUGAAAAGUUCGACUUCUCCUCGAAGAAGGAAGGUGUCUCAAAUUGGUACUCCGCUCUCAGUGAGAGCCUCAAAAUUUAUAAAAAGGAUCCCAAACUUACUGAAAUUAAGCAAAAUUACGAAAAAGGUUAUUAUAAGCAAAGCAUCAAUGAUUAUUUUCGACAAUCGGAACGUGCUCGUACUCUUGAGGAAGAAAAGACCUCUAUUGAUAAGACCUUAACCAAUAAAACUGGCAAUGCGAUUCGAAAACGUAUACAUGAUCUCCUUCCAGAAGAAACUGGUGAUCAAAAAUUCUCGAAGAAACCUUGUCUAAGGGAGUCGAAUCAGAAAAUAAAUCAAGAAAAUAAUGAUUUUUGCCUGGCUUCAUCCGAUCCUGAUUUGGAAUAUUUCAACGCUCAGGAGUUAUUAGAUAAAAAAGGUAUUGAUUUAUCAAAUGCAGGCAAAGCCAGGCCAUUAUGUACUAACCAUAAUUUGGAAUCACCUUCAAGUUUACCAUCAGUAGCAAAUAACUUGGCUCUUGAAUAUUCUUCUAUGAUAAAUUCUUUUACACUAUUAAAUGAUAUUCAAGAUGCAUGGUGUAAUAACUUUUCCAAGAUUACGGGAUUGACGGAUCGAGAUAAAGACAAAUUUUGUCAAACUCAAAUUAUUUUCCGAAAUUUUUCAAAAAUUGUGAAUACCAAUAAUGAGGACACCUUUGUACAUGAAACGUUGCAUGACCUACUUAAAGAGAUUUUCCGGCGAACAGCGAAAGUCUUGUUUCCAAAAAUCGACGCUCCAACAGUUCGGACAAGGAAAAUUACAGGUGAAAAGCCUGACUUUAAAGUUGUAACCAAUACAAAAGAAGAAAUUCUUUUUGGCGAGGUUAAGACAAAAGAUUCGCGUUCUUUAUUGAUUAAUAAAGAUCUCAUAAAAUUGUCCAAUUUCCAAUCGGGUGCCUUAGACGAGUUAAUUAAAAAAUAUGGCAACAAGAUUGGUUUAGCUUCAUUUGGUAUAUGGGUCAGUGGUCCACGUAUUCGGAUCUACGAAAUGGAUCUAAACUACGAUGGGAUGUAUAGAAUGUUUUUGAUGGCGAAUGUUGUGACCUCAAUGGAACGGGCACAAUUUUUAAGUCUGAUACCAGUAUUAGAAGCAUUGUAUAAUAUUAAAGAUCGUAUUUCUGAAGUAUUAGAGGAGCCAUCUCCUACAAAAGAUAUUUCACCACUUAUCAAGAGCCAUUCUGAUGAGGAGAAAGUAUCAACCCUGUCGACACCUGAAUCUCUGGACCCGAAAACUGUGAAAAAGCUUUGGGAUCGGGAUCAAAAUAAAAGCCAAGACAAAACAUCCCAAUCACACAAGAAAAAUGGAACAGAGAAUAUCGCUCAGGUGAUAGCUGAUGGCAUUCAGAAUAAUAUUAUUUCAGAUUCUGUGACUGAAAUUUCAGCGACGGCCCAUCGUCAAAAUUCUGAUACAAUCUCAUUACUCGAUUUAGCUCAAUUAUUUGAUAAAGCAACUAAUGCUGAAUAUUACGCUAUGAAAGCUAACCAGGAUGAAACCCUAUGCUGGAUUAACUAUGGAAGUGAAUUUGUAGUUCAGUAUAAUGACCUUGUGAAAAAUAGUAAGGGAAAAAUUGGCGAGAAAAAAGCUAAAGGUAUAAUUUAUGAUAAAAUAUUAGAGCAUCUCAUUAUUAUCCGUGAGAAAAGGUCCAAGGAAAUGGGAAUACAACUCCCAGAAAUUUUGCGUAGGUGA